UAUUGUUUAGUACUCAUGUCAGUUCUACUUGACAGGAAACGUCUAUUUAGCAUGAUCAAUGAUCUGCCCACUGUCUUUGAAGUUGUUACAGAAAGAAAGCCUAUAAAAGAUAAACCCAGUGUGGAUAGUGGUAGCAAGUCUCGGGGCAGCACAAAGAGAUCAAGUGAUGGCCAAGUUAAAACCGUCCCUAAGCUUGCAGAUGAGAGUUAUGAGGAUGAGGAAGAUGAACACAGUGAAACCCUAUGUGGGAGCUGUGGUGGAAAUUACAAUGCAGAUGAGUUUUGGAUUGGCUGUGACAUCUGUGAGAGGUGGUUCCACGGAAAGUGUGUGAAGAUAACACCUGCUAAGGCUGAGAAUAUAAAGCAGUACAAAUGUCCAAGUUGCAGCAUGAAGAGGGGCAGGCAGUAGUAUCACUAAACUCAAGUUACAAGUGGAGGAAGGGGUUUGAACAGCGUUCUUUCAGUGGCUGACAUAGUAUAGAAAGGUCUCUUUCAAAAGUUAAAAAGUUAUGUAAUGAAUUUGUUGUGAUGUUUGUUUAUAGCAGAUGCUUUGUUAGGGCUUCCCUGCUGAAUCCUUGCUUAAAUGUUAACUUAUAUAUAGUAGAAGUUGUUGUUUUAUGACAAUGCUUGAAUAAUAUUUGCAUGGUUGGUUUCUA